UGCAAGCAGCUUAUACCAGUCUCCCGUUCCUCCCUUCCAUCCACUUCCACAACAGUGUCCCUCAUCCACUCUUCCAUAAGCAAGAAGCCAGAGGACUUCUCCCUGCUAGUUUUCUGAACAAAGCGUUCCGUGUUACAGCAAUUAAAGGGCAGGGCAGGGGCAGCAGCUCGCCUUAGUUUUGCUUGCCUGAGAAAAUCUACUGGACUUCGUUUUGAAGAAAGGAAGAGGGCAACUCGGCCAAGUUAAAACAGUAAAGCUCAAGGAAAGUCCAUAGGCGAGAGCAUCUGGGAGUCUUCUCAAGUUGCUUUACACUGAGCCCGGACGAUUCCUGGAGUACAGUUUCCAGUACUCUGCUGAUACAUCUCUGGCCGUGGGACUGGCUCGGCUCCAGGAUGAGUUCUGAACGUCGAAAAGAAAAGUCUAGAGAUGCAGCAAGAUCUCGGCGAAGCAAAGAGUCCGAAGUUUUUUAUGAGCUUGCUCAUCAGCUGCCACUUCCUCACAAUGUGAGCUCACAUCUUGAUAAAGCUUCUGUUAUGAGGCUCACCAUCAGUUACUUACGUGUGAGGAAACUUCUGGAUGCUGGUGAUCUGGACAUUGAAGAUGAAAUGAAAGCACAGAUGAACUGCUUCUAUUUGAAAGCCCUGGAUGGCUUUGUUAUGGUGCUCACAGACGAUGGUGACAUGAUUUACAUUUCUGAUAACGUCAACAAAUACAUGGGGUUAACUCAGUUUGAACUAACUGGACACAGUGUGUUUGAUUUUACUCAUCCAUGUGACCAUGAGGAAAUGAGAGAAAUGCUUACACACAGAAAUGGCCCAGUGAAAAAAGGUAAAGAACAAAACACCCAACGAAGCUUUUUUCUCAGAAUGAAAUGUACCCUAACUAGCCGGGGGAGAACAAUGAACAUAAAGUCUGCGACGUGGAAGGUGCUUCACUGCACAGGCCAUAUUCACGUAUAUGAUACCAACAGUAACCAACCUCAGUGUGGGUACAAGAAACCACCCAUGACAUGCUUGGUGCUGAUUUGUGAACCCAUUCCUCAUCCAUCAAAUAUUGAAAUUCCUUUAGAUAGCAAGACUUUUCUCAGUCGACACAGCCUGGAUAUGAAAUUUUCUUACUGUGAUGAAAGAAUUACUGAGUUGAUGGGUUAUGAGCCAGAAGAACUUUUGGGCCGCUCAAUUUAUGAAUAUUAUCAUGCUUUGGACUCUGAUCAUCUGACCAAAACUCAUCAUGAUAUGUUUACUAAAGGACAAGUCACCACAGGACAGUACAGAAUGCUUGCCAAAAGAGGUGGAUAUGUCUGGGUUGAAACUCAAGCAACUGUCAUAUAUAAUACGAAGAACUCUCAGCCACAGUGCAUCGUGUGUGUGAACUAUGUUGUGAGUGGUAUUAUUCAGCACGACUUGAUUUUCUCCCUUCAACAAACAGAAUGUGUCCUCAAACCAGUUGAAUCUUCAGAUAUGAAAAUGACUCAGCUGUUCACCAAAGUGGAAUCAGAGGAUACCAGCUGCCUCUUUGAUAAGCUUAAGAAAGAACCCGAUGCUCUGACUCUGCUGGCCCCGGCUGCUGGGGACACGAUCAUAUCUCUGGAUUUUGGCAGCGAUGACACAGAAACUGAAGACCAACAACUUGAAGAUGUUCCAUUAUAUAAUGAUGUAAUGUUCCCAUCUAAUAAUGAAAAAUUAACAAAUAUAAAUCUGGCAAUGUCUCCAUUACCUGCCUCUGAAACGCCAAAGCCACUUCGAAGUAGUGCUGAUCCUGCACUGAAUCAAGAAGUCGCAUUAAAAUUAGAGCCGAGUCCAGAGUCACUGGAACUUUCUUUCACCAUGCCCCAGAUUCCAGAUCAGCCCACAAGUCCUUCUGAUGGGAGCACCAGACAAAGUUCACCUGAGCCUAACAGUCCCAGUGAAUAUUGUUUUGAUGUGGAUAGUGAUAUGGUCAAUGUAUUCAAGUUGGAACUGGUGGAAAAACUGUUUGCCGAAGAUACAGAAGCAAAGAAUCCAUUUUCAACUCAGGACACCGAUUUAGACUUGGAGAUGCUGGCCCCUUAUAUCCCGAUGGAUGAUGAUUUCCAGUUGCGUUCCUUCGAUCAGUUGUCGCCAUUAGAGAGCAGUUCCUCUAGCCCUCCAAGUGUCAGCACAGUUACAGUGUUCCAGCAGACCCAGCUACAGAAACCCACCAUUACUGCCGCUGCUGCCACACCUGCCACCACCACCACUACUGCCCCCACUGAUGAAGUGAAAGCAGUGACGAAGGACACUCUGGAAGACAUUAAAAUACUGAUUGCAUCUCCACCUUCCACCCCUGUACCUCAAGAAACAACAGCUGCUCCAGCACCAGCAUACAGUGCUCCUCACAGUCGGACAGCCUCACCAGACAGAGCAGGGAAGAGAGUCAGAGAACACACAGAGAAAGCUCAUCCAAGGAGCCCGAACGGAUCUGUCACUUUGAGUCAAAGAAAUACUGUUCCUGAGGAAGAAUUAAACCCAAAGAUAAUAGCUUUGCAGAAUGCCCAGAGAAAGCGAAAAAUGGAACAAGAUGGCUCCCUUUUCCAAGCAGCGGGAAUUGUGAGUGGAACGUUAUUGCAGCAGCCAGGUGACCGUGCUCCCGCUGCGUCACUUUCUUGGAAACGUGUGAAAGGAUGCAAAUCAAGUGAACAGAGUGGAAUGGAGCAAAAGACAAUUAUUUUAAUACCCUCUGAUUUAGCAUGCAGACUGCUGGGGCAAUCAAUGGAUCAGAGUGGAUUACCACAGCUGACCAGUUAUGAUUGUGAAGUUAAUGCUCCCAUACAAGGCAGCAGAAACCUACUGCAGGGUGAAGAAUUACUCAGAGCUUUGGAUCAAGUUAACUGAGCUUUCAGAAUCUCAUUCCUUUUAUUGUUUCUUUUUUGUUCAGUUAUUGUUAUUGUUGUUUGUUUGGGUUUUUUGUUUCUGUUGGUUAUUUUUGGACACUGGUGGCUCAGCAGUCUAUUUAUAUUUUCUAUAUCUAAUUUUAGAAGCCUGGCUACAAUACUGCACACACUCAGAUAGUUUAGUUUUGAUCCCCUUUCUACUUAAUUUUCAUUAAUGCUCUUUUUACUACGUUCUUUUAAUGCCAGAUCACAGCACAUUCACAUCUCCUCAGUAUUUUCACCAUUGCAUUGCAGUAGUGUCAUUUAAAAUGCACCUUUUUAUUUAUUUAUUUUUGGUGAGGGAGUUUGUCCCUUAUUGAAUUAUUUUUAAUGAAAUGCCAAUAUAAUUUUUUUAAGAAAGCAGUAAAUCUUCAUCAUGAUCAUAGGCAGUUGAAAAUUUUUUACUCAUUUUUUCAUGUUUUACAUGAAAAUAAUGCUUUGCCAGCAGUAUAUGGUAGCCACAAUUGCACAAUAUAUUUUCUUAAAAAUACCAGCAGUUACUCAUGCAAUAUAUUCUGCAUUUAUAAAACUAGUUUUUAAGAAGAAAUUUUUUUUGGCCUAUGAAAUUGUUAAGCCUGGAUCAUGACACUGUUGAUCUUAUAAUGAUUCUUAAACUGUAUGGUUUCUUUAUAUGGGUAAAGCCAUUUACAUGAUAUAGAGAGAUAUGCAUAUAUCCAGAAGGUAUGUGGCAUUUAUUUGGAUAAAAUUCUCAAUUCAGAGAAAUUAUCUUAUGUUUCUUUAGUUACUUUACCAGCUCAAAAGAAAACGGUUCCCUAUGUAGUUGUGGAAGCUUAUGCUAAUACUGUGUAAUUAAUAUUAAACAUAAAUGUUCUGCCCACCCUGUUGGUAUAAAGACAUUUUGAACAUACUGUCAGCAACAAAAAAAAUCAUGCAUCGUUAGUAAAAUUGCCUAGUAUGUUAAUUUGUUCAAAAUAUGAUGUUUGCUUUUAUGCACUUUGUCGCUAUUAACAUCCUUUUUUCAUAUAGAUUUCAAUAAUUGAGUGAUUUUUUUUUAGAAGCAUUAUUUUAGGAAUAUAGAGUUGUCAUAGUAAACAUCUUGUUUUUUCUAUGUACAUUGUAUAAAUUUUUCAUUCCCUUGUUCUUUGUGGUUGGUUGGGUCUAACACUAACUGUACUGUUUUGUUACAUCAAAUAAACAUCUUUUGUGGACCAGG